AUCAAUCUUCAUUUAAGUGAAAAUUAUGGGUUGUGUUGGGGGUUGUACUAAGUCAGCAAGGUGAGGUGAACUUUUAGCGGAAGAGGUGGGAUGAACUUUUAGAGCUGGAUUUAAGCCUCAGGCACCAACUGUGGCGCCAGCUUCCCCUCUGGCGUCAAAUCGAAUGAAUCUCAAGCUCUGGAACAAGUCGCGGGAUUCAAUACCAAUACCUUUGCCAUAUUUCAACCAUACUUUAAUCAUUUAUGAGCCGCACUGCAACACGUUUGUUCUCCGCCAUGUCUGCGUCUUUACCACCAAGCUCAUCCCCGUUUACACGGGCAGUGGUCAGCUCCAUGAGGAAGAUCUACCCAGAGUCGCUAGCAGACAAGAGCUUUGAUAACACAGGCCUACUCCUCGAAGCUCCCUUUAACCAUGCGCGAAGACAAAAGAACUCGGUACUCUUGGCCAUUGACCUAACCAAGGCCGUUGCUGAUGAGGCCAUCGCUCGCAAAGACUCGGUCGUGGUAGCCUACCAUCCCAUUAUAUUCCGCGGCCUGAAAUCCCUCACAUUCAAUGACCCGCAACAACAAUCCCUCCUUCGUCUCGCAUCGGAGGGCAUAAGUGUCUACUCCCCACACACAGCCGUCGAUGCAACCCCCGGCGGAAUGGGCGACUGGCUGUGCGACAUCGUCACCGGUGCAAUUACCCCAUCGCCCUCGAAGGCCACAUCAGAAGUUCCAAAUUCGUCCUCCAAGCUCUACUCAGCUCCUACAUACCCACAGCCUGGCCCCGUCUCAUCUUCAACCUCCACCAUCCCCCAUACACGAAGCACAAUCCAUCCCUCUCCCGCCCCGGUUCCCGAGGGCCUAGAAGAUGCCGGGAUGGGGCGCCUCGUCACAUUCAACGACCCCCAGCCCCUGACCACUGUUAUCGACAACAUUGCCAGCGGUGUAGGCUACCCCGGCGGCAUUCCCAUCGCCAUCCCGCAAUCCGCCUCUGUUGACAAUAUGAAAAUCCGCACCGUCGGCGUCUGUCCCGGCUCGGGGUCCAGUAUAUUGAUGAAGGGUGUGAAACAGAUCCCUGAUCUCCUGUUCACGGGUGAGAUGAGUCACCAUGAGACGUUGUUUGCAAUCGAGAGUGGUUCGGUGGUCGUUGCGCUUGCGCAUUCGAAUACAGAGAGGGGCUAUUUGAGGGCUGUUAUGAAGGAUAAACUUGGGGCGGCUCUGAAGGAGGAGUGGGAGGGGUUGAGGGGUGAGGAGGGGAAGACCGCUGAGGCGAGCCUGAAGGAGGUAUAUGAGGACAGCGGUGUUGAGGUUCACGUUAGUGAGAAGGAUCGCGAUCCAUUUGGGAUUAUGGUGAAGCGGGGGUAGAAUUGUCUGCUAUGAAACCAAAUAUAUGUCUGCUUUCUCCAAGAAGCCCUAUAUAAGGCCUCCUGUGUUUGUUCCAAGUAAUCAAUGAGCUGUCUUACAAGCGCUAGCAAAACGGAUUUCCGCACUAUAAUAUGGAAUAUAUAU